ACCGACCCUAAACCCGUCCGACACAGACCUCAUUCAUAAAAGUUUCACAAACGGGCGUGACUUGCUCUCGCGUCUUUUUCCUGUUUUAAAUUUGCAUUAUUGAAGGUCAACACUCAUGCGGGUCGAGUCCAUUUGGGGCACCGCUUGACUCGGGAAUGCGGGCACACAAACCCGCUUACCCAAGCCCUGCUCAGAUGUUGAAGUCACGGGGCCAACGAGUGCAUCCCAUAAAUGGCGACGCGAACAGCACAAUAGAGCAGCCCGGUGAAGACGACAGCUCACAUGGCAAGGCCAGCGACAGAGUUCUGGAGGCGGGUGACUCGCGUUUGCUGACGUUACGGGAAAUUAUGGCGAUGCUGGGCUGGAAAGAAGGCAUCUUCUCGGGAAUGAACACGUACGUCACCAUGGCGCUCACCACGCCCGUGCCCGAAAUCCGAGAGCGCUGCAAAUCCGGCUGGGCCACGCUCGGCGUCGUCAGCGCGUUGCUGGCGGGCGUGUCCAUCAUUCCCCCCCUCAGCGCCCAGUCCACGAUGGGGCUGGACACGAGCAUUGACGUGUGGACCAAUGCAUGGAUGGUGGGGCUGCUGUACGUGUCCUUCCUGGCCUUUAUGGCCAACAUUGCGGUGAUCAUCUGCACCUCGUUGUUCUACAUCUACAUCGACCAUGUGUUCACGCGGGAGGGGAUCAAGGAAUUCCUGAGGGACUGGAUCCGGGUGCUGCUGGCCAUCCCCUUCAUAUUCACCACCUCGGUGCUGCUGGUCGUGAUCGAGGUGCUAAUGGUGGUGGGCUACACCUGCCGCCGCUACCACAUCUGGGUGCUGGUGGGCAUUGCUGGCGGCGUGGUGCUGUCGCUCAUCGCGCUGGCGCUCAGCCUGGCGGCCUGGGUGGGCCGCCGGGCGGCCAACCUGUACCUGGCCGCUAAGAAGCAAGAGCAGGAGGAGGGGAAGGAGGAGGGGGAGGAGGGGAAGGAGGGGAAGGAGGGGAAGGAGGGGAGGGCGGAGGGGAAGGAGGGCGGAUGGGGAAGGGAGGGCGGAGGGGGAAGGGGAGGAGGAGGAGGAGGAGGAGGAGGAGGAGGCCGGGGUUUUGAGGAGGAGGAGGGGGCACAGCAGGGCACCGAGGUGCAGGGCUUGCGGGGCGGGCAGCAGGAGGGGAGGAGGGGCGGCGAGGCGGUGGCGGAGGCAGUGGAGCGGGGGAAGGCGGGCAGCGGUAUGGAGGCAGCGCUGGGGGCUGCGGGCGGGAGCGGGGGCGCAGGGGAAGGGGCAGGCGGUGGCGGCGGCGGUGGGGCGCGCGUGCCGGCGCAGCUGAGUGGCAACUAGGCUGCUGAGGGGGAGGCUGUAGCAGCGGCUGCAGCAGCCGGCUGCAGCAGCAGUGGCGGCGUGUGCAAGCAGGGCACUCGCACUCUAGCGGCGACUAGCUGGCCAGGAGCUCUGGAGCCUUGGAGCUUUGGCGCUCUGGAGCUCGGCGGCGGUGUCUACGGCGUCCCGUGGAUCAUUGGAAUGGUGCAUGCACUGUCAGCUUUGGUCUCCGCGGCGACCAGGUGCAGGAUGUCGAUGGUGGGUUGGCUCUUGAUUCAUGCGCAUACCCUUUUGGUCAUUAUGUAUUUUCAUGGCGAUUGUCCUGAACUUUGAUUUUGCUCGCAUAAAAAUGGUGCAUGCGCCUAAGACGCCCUGGAAACUGGAAACUUGGAAAGCUGCCUCAGCCCUGGCUGAGGAAUUAGAGGACUGAGGAUUGCCGUGCAGGGAACGAACUGCGACGUGAAGGGGGUUUGAGGCCGAGACAGGCCUGGGUCUUGGUCGGAUAGCAGCUGCGUGCCGGCGUCGGAGUACGGUAGCUGAGUGGGGGUGCGAGACCUGACUUGCGGCGUGGAUGAACGGUUGGCAUGGUGCCACAUAGGCAGUGUGAAGGCGGUCGCGCUGCUCAUUCACGCUGGUUAGCUGCACAGCAGUGCCGUCGUCAACGGCUAUGGGGCAGCGAGGGGGAUGGGCCGCACGCCGCCGGUGAGGCGGUGGCCCUGAUUGUGCCAGUGCCCUCCCAGCAUGCGAUCCCCACUCAUUGGAACCACUGCGUCCUUACUCCUCAGGGGAGGGGUGUCUCCAGGCGGACAGCCACCUGGAAGCGGGACCCGUCGUGAUUGUGGCUCUGCGACGCCUUGCGCCACACGCGGUCGUGACAGCCCUUUGCGUCACAUGCACGGGCACCACCCUGAUCACGGACGGACUUGACCGACCCGGGCGCUAGUGGUGGUGCGAGGCGGAUAUGCGGGCCCCGCAACGGGGCGGCCCCCUCCGCCCCCGCCGACCCUGAAUCCAGCCGGAUGACUUACCGGGUUCACGGAUCAGCCGACAAUCAGAGCUACAACUUCAUCCUUGGAACGCAGCGCAGCCGCAGGGGUUGCGGCGGCAGCUGCGGGGCUGGGAACAGGGGUUGGCCGUAACGCCGUUGGCUGGGUAGGAGCGGGCAGUGUAGGCAGUAGGCACCCGGCGAAAAGCUAGCCUCUACUAUCCUACGGAUCGCACCAAGCAAUGCAAACGUGGCCCUUGCCCUCAUGUCGUGAAACGUGGCGAAAGGAGUGAGUAAUCCAGGCGGUCCCUUACCGGGUUAACCCGCACGUUUACCCGCCGCGACCAUCACACCGCGAAACACGGGUCACAUCCUUAUGCUCGAUGCCUCAAAAUGAAGGUAUAUAUUUGUUAUAAAUACAUGAAAUGUCACACCGCAUCGAGAUGGCGCAGCGGAAGCGUGCGGGGCUCAUAACCCCGAGGUCCCAGGAUCGAAACCUGGUCUCGAUACUUUUGCCUAUGCUUAGGCCUGUCGUACAUUGACGUGCAGCGCGCGUCCAGCGUGGUCGCAAGCCACUGCAAUCACAUCCCAAUGAGGUGACGCCCGAGCGGGAUGGCGUACGCAUCGCGGACGUUUUGAUGUCACCUGGUGCUUUGGCAGUUGAAGAAGACACACGCGCUGGGGCAGGCAUGACGCCGGGCCUGGCCGGGCACGGGGGAGGAAGCGGAUGGGCGGAACAGAGGAGCCUUUCCUAUGGCGGAAGCCUAUCCCUCAAGCCUCGAGCCCUCAACCCGCUCGCAGAACCACUGCCAAAAUGCGUGCUACGCUGCUACAGCCCGAGGGCGCAUGCGAUCUAGGAGUUCCGGUGGGGAGGGAGGGCUGCCGAGGCUCGGAGCCUGCAGCCUGCUUCCUGAAGACCAGUAUGCACGAGUGCACAAAGCGUACAUGCGCAUCAGGGGGUGGGGGUUAACGUUGACCCAAUCCCGUAAGGAAACAGU